UGAGAUGCAAUUUUGCAAUUGCAACAGCCCCUGCUGUUCCCUGAGGCCUGCUGAGAUCUCACAGCAAGGUCCUGUUCCUAGCCAAGGUGGGGACUGUCUCUGGCUGUCACUAGUCUCCUAGGGAGACACAGGACUCUGCAGGGGGACAGAAAAGAGAAAUGGCUGCAUUGGAGCCAGCUCAGUCCUGCCAAGACCCAAACGUGAAGCCACAGAUCCCAAGAUGGGGGCAAAUUAACGGAAAAGUGCCCGGAGCUCAGGACAGAGCCACAAAGAGUGUUUUCUGCCUCUGGGCUUCCCAGCGUUGGCAUGUUGGAGUUCAGUGACGUCUGAGGCUGGGUAUGUGAGUGCAAGGUGGGCUUACACCUGGGGGAAAGCAGGCCUGCAUUGAGGGGUCCCAUGAGAACGUGGUGCCAGGUCCUGGUGACAUUUGAGGACGUGGCUGUGUAUUUCUCUCGGGAGCAAUGGGGCCUUUUGGAUGAUAUGCAGAGGGCCCUCUACAGGGAUGUCAUGCAGGAGAAUUACCAGACUCUGGUCUCACUGCCAGGAUCUUCCAUUCCCAAACCUGAUGUGAUUUCCCAGAUGGAACGAGGGAAAGAGCCAUGGAUCCCAGACCUCCAGAGCUCCCAGGAAAGGGAGAUCCCAAGAGGUGCUCGAACAGCAGAGGAUGACAUCAUCGCCCGGAGGAAUCCUGCAGGCGAUAGGCCGACCACAUGCAAUGAGUGCGGGAAGAGCUUCAGAGGGAGCUCAAACCUCGUUCAGCAUCAGAGGAUCCACACGGGGGAGAGACCUUAUGAAUGCGCAGCCUGUGGGAAGAGCUUCCGUCAGCGCUCGCACCUCCGCCAGCACUGGAAGAUCCACACGGGGGAGAGACCCUUUGAAUGCCCUGACUGUGGGAAGAGCUUCAGCGUGAGCUCUGCCCUCAUUAGGCACCAGAAAACUCACACGGGUGAGAGACCCUAUGCAUGCGCUGAGUGUGGGAAGAGCUUCAGCGUGAGCUCUGCCCUUACUAGGCACCAGCGGAUCCACACCGGGGAGCGGCCCCACGUCUGUGCCGAGUGCGGGAAGAACUUCAGUUUGAGCUCCCACCUCGUGCAGCACCAGCGGAUCCACACGGGGGAACGACCCUAUGUGUGCGCUGAGUGUGGGCGGAGCUUCAGCCAGAGCUCCCACCUACUCCAGCAUCAGAGGGUCCACUCAGGUGAGCGGCCCUACGAAUGCACCGAGUGCGGGAAGAACUUCAGCCAGAGCUCGGACCUCAUCAAACACCAGAGAAUCCACUCAGGAGAGCGACCCUACGAAUGCUCUUGCUGCUUUAAAAGCUUCACCUGGAACUCAGCGCUCAUUAAACACCAGAGAGUGCACACGGGACAGAGACCCUAUGAGUGUGGCCAGUGCGUGGAAAGCUUCAGCCAGAGCUCAGCCCUCAUCAUCCCACAGAGAAACCACAUGUGGCAGAAACCCCACUGAUGGAGCAUCAGGACACCAGCCAGUGUAAUGCACUUGCUCUUAUGAGCAAGUCACUUCAACUCUUGGUGCUGCGUCUUCCACCUCUGUCUUAAGGAAAAUGAGAACAAUGGGAUUCUCUGAUCCUUGUUCUGCUCACCCAUCACCAGCUGGGACUUUCCCGGAAUUAUAGGGUUUGGGAAGUUUCUUUUCCUUUUACUAUAGAGUGGGUUGAGUGCUGUUUCUAGAAAGCCAGGUUUAGGAGGUUUUCCAGUGAGUUUGGUUCCAGUUUCAAUAAAGUCUUUAUUUGUUGCUGUGGGUCCUUGGAAUUUGGGUUUGAAAUGUUAAAAAUUCUCAAUAAAAGUUUGCGUUAAGAUACCACUGUCUUGGAAAUUUUCUUAGUGCUCAGAGUGCCAGAGGCUAAUUUCCCCAGAUUGAAUUAUUCCCACUCAGUUUUCGGUAUGCAGUCCAUUUACGAAUUGUGUUUGUGAAUGUCCAGGAGACAGGUACAUGAGACCCCAACGUGGUGACUCAGAGCCAGAGAACUGGUUCACUGACAAGUUGGAAAUAUAGACUCUUCCAGCAGCAAAUCCACUUCUGCUCCCUGCUAACAACUUGAACUUUUGUGUCUCCUCUCUGGAUCAUAUUUAACUUCUUUAGAUCCCAUUUCAGCAAAGCACUUAAAAUGGUUAUGUCCCAUUGACAUCACUGAGACUUUAGCAAGUGUUUAAAGUUAGUAAGUGGUUUGUGGAGUAAAGAUGAACAUAAGCAUGCAUUUUAGGGCUUUGCUAAAUCAGAGUUUAAUUCCCUAAAUUCCAGGACUGUCAGUUCAACAGUGGGAUUGUUCAUUCAGGGUGGGUUUUCAAAAGCACCAGAAGGAGUUAUUGGAUUUCUGUGGGAGCUGGGCACGUAAAUCACAUCUUAAUAAGGGUAGUCGGAGCAAGGUGGCAGCAAGGUUUGGGCUUCCUUCACAGAAGAGAGAUGGAUCGGAGCUAGAUUUUUAAACCACUGCACAAGAAUUACAUCCUCUUACUUGUUAAUACCGGUUGUUUUGCUUGUAAAUUUGGAGAUCAUUGUGAUGAGUCACAGAAUUCCUAUUAAUUGAUUAAACAAACCAAACCAAUUAAAAACCCAAAACUAAAAACAAAUCAAUGUCCCUAGAAAAUAAACCUUCACUACCCCAGUGGGAUGCAACCUAGGGGAUUGUGCUUGUGUGAGUCCUCAGUAGGCAAGGUAACACAAUUAGCCCAUGUUUUGAUCUCAAUAAAUAGACUAACCCUUGGACACUCCGCACUUCCUGGGACAGUGCUUCUGAGAAUUGUUCUGCUGUAGCAAUACCAUGUCUGUUGUUAUAGUGGGUGUACCUAGCCCAGAGCAGGUAUUAAUUUUGUAUCC